AUGUCUUCUCCGCGCCAGAUUGUUUUGUGCUUCGACGGCACCGGGAACACAUUCCAAGCCGACGACACGGAAACUAACGUGCUGAGAAUAUGUCGCAUGCUAGAGAAAAGCGACGAGCAACUAUGCUACUACCAGCCAGGCAUCGGCACCGACACCACACCAGGGUCACUAGCUAGCACGACAAUCCGCCGAGGCAGCCCGUUCGGGAGCAGCAAGACUCUUGAGCUGGCGCUGGGCAAGUCCUUCGACCGGCAUGUGCUGGGCGGGUAUCGGUUUCUGAUGCGGCAUUACAGGGACGGGGCCAAGAUUUUCAUCUUUGGCUUCUCCCGCGGCGGGUACACAGCGCGGUUCCUGAGCGAGAUGCUCGAUUAUAUCGGCCUGCUCGGGCCCGAUAAUGAGGAGGUGCUCCCAUUCGCCUGGGAUGCCUUUAAGAUGUGGAAAACGGCGCGCCUCAACGAAACACUGCCGCAGAUUCAGGCAUUCCAGAUCUUAGGUCAUUUGCGUCAAACGCUGUGUCGGCCCACGGACCGUGUGCAGUUCCUCGGCAUGUUUGAUGCUGUGAAUAGUGUUGCCGAGUUCGAUGUCAAUGUCGAUGCCACGCCCUCGGCGAGGUUUAUCCGCCAUGCAGUCAGCAUCGACGAGCGUCGUGUCAAGUUCCGUCCAGUUCUGCUGCACUCGCACAACCCCAGCGCUAGGCGGGCCAAGUCGUGGCCGCCUGGCGCGGAUCACAAAAAGUCUCGGGGCGAUACCCCGCAAGACAAGAGAAAGAGACUCAGCUCUACAUUCGGUCCUUCCAGCUCCCGGGAAAGACCAAAACGCUAUUCAGCCCUGAGUGACGCCGAAUUCUUCGGCGACGACGAGUCCGACGAUCUGACCCAGGACGUGUUGGAAGUUUGGUUUCCCGGCGGCCACUCCGACGUCGGCGGAGGCUGGGCAGUAGAAGCAGGCGAGGCACGAGGCCUGAAUUACCCGCCACUCGUAUGGAUGGUGCGAGAAGCCAUCCGUGCGGGGAUCCGAUUCAGCGAGGACAGGUUGACCGAGUUCCAUUGCCACGAGGAUACUCUUGAGAUCGAUACCGCGAACACAGACAACGACAACGACAAAAAUGAUAAUGAUAAUGAAACCUCUUCCAGGGCUCAACUCAUCGACACCCUGCAAGCAUCAGCACAAGCAGGCCAUCUACAUGAUCUCCUGCGGUAUGGGAACGGCCGGCCCUUCAUGACCGUGCUUUCCUGGCGACUUAUGGAGUAUCUCCCGUUCCGGCGCAUGGAUCUACAGCCUGAUGCAUCCUGGCGCGAUUGUAGAUGGCCACCGCCCAUGGGCGGUGCUCGCGGUCUCCCGAUGGAUGCCCUGGUGCAUGUCUCGGCUAUCCAGCGCAUGAGGGCCGACCCAUCGUACCGGCCGCCUAACUUGACCCAGGAUUUUAUCGUACCGAGGGGGAAUGCAGAUGGCCCGGAUGCUGGGGUUAAGCAGUGGGUGGUUCAUGGUCACAGAGGUGAUCCGGUGCGCGAGACGUAUAUCCGGAGAUAUACUUGGUCGGCUUGCCGGGAGCAACAUCGCUGA